AUGACGCCGACUUUGGGAGCCAAUGGUUCUCGCGUAUCUUCUUUUUGGUUGCGAAUAAAGAACCCGCGAUCAAAACGUGCCACGGAACAGUCCACCCAAUGGACUUCUUCGAUUUUUUCCCUGGAUCCUGACGCGUUAGGCGAUCUUGUACAAUCCAAAGAUGUCCAGGGGUUCUAUGCCCUCGGCGGGGUAAAAGGUUUGGAGGAAGGACUGCGAACCGACGUCCACUCCGGUCUGAGCCUGGACGAGACCUACCUGGGUGUUCCUGUGAAUGUCACAGCGAGUACUACAAGCACUGCGCCGACAGAAAAGAUCGCUAUCUCUGAGCCCCCUGUCUCGAUAGAUCUUGGUUACGAUGCAUUCGUCGACAGAAGGAAAUUCUUCGGGGACAAUCGCCUACCCAUAAAACCAUCCCCGAGCUUUCUGUCAUUGAUGUGGGCAGCCUACAACGAUCAUGUCCUGUUCCUUCUAACUGGGGCUGCUAUUAUCUCGCUUGCUUUGGGGCUGUACCAAACAUUCGGAAGCAAGCAUGCUCGUAACGGCCCGCCCGUUGAAUGGGUGGAGGGCGUUGCCAUCCUCGUCGCUAUCAUCGUCAUUACUCUCGCCGGUGCCGCGAACGACUAUCAAAAGGAGUAUAAGUUCCGGAAACUCAAUAAAAAGCAGCAAGAUCGCAAUGUCUGGGUCCUUCGAUCCGCGAGGAUUCAUGAGGUUCCCAUCUCCGAGGUUCUUGUUGGUGAUAUCGUCAACAUCAGUCCUGGAGAUAUUGUGCCUGCUGAUGGCGUGUUGAUAAGGGGUCAUCAGGUCAAAUGCGAUGAGUCCUCAGCAACUGGCGAGUCCGACCCGGUCGAUAAGAGCACUAUCGAUACAACUUGUCCUGAUAGCUCUCCUGAGAUCGACCCUUUCAUCCUCUCUCAUACCAAGAUCGUGGAAGGUGUCGGUGAAUAUCUUGUCUUGGCCACAGGCACAAAAUCAAGCUACGGAAGAAUCCUCCUCUCUCUCAACACCGACCCAGGGUUCACUCCGCUUCAAGUACGGCUCAGCAAUCUCGCAAAGAACAUCGCCCGCUUUGGUGCACUUGCGGCACUUAUGCUGUUUGUAAUCUUGUUCAUCAAGUUCUGUGUAGGCCUUCGGAAUAGCAUCGAAUCCGCCUCGGAAAAGGGACAAUCUUUUUUGAAUGUCUUCAUACUGGCCUUGACUGUUGUUGUGAUCGCAGUCCCUGAAGGGCUUCCCUUGGCGGUUACACUUGCGUUGUCAUUUGCUACUACUCGAAUGAUGAGAGACAAUAACUUGGUUCGACAGCUCCGAGCAUGCGAAACUAUGGGACAAGCCACGGAUAUCUGUUCAGACAAGACGGGAACGUUGACACAGAAUGAAAUGACUGUUGUCUCGGGUUUCUUUGGUGCUACCUCACAAUUUACUGAUCGAGCUAGCAGCCCAGACAUUGCGGGUGAAGAAAAUUCCUCGUCAGUGGCAAAAUGCAUCAGCCGGCUCUCGGGUCAAUCGAGGUCGCUUCUGAGGCAAUCUAUUGCGAUCAACUCGACAGCCAUUGAAAGUCAAUAUGCUGGAGGUCGGCAGUUUCUUGGGUCCCAAACAGAGGCCGCCUUACUGAGAUUCUCCCAGGACUAUCUCGAACUAGGUCAGGUUGACUUUGAUCGUGCCAGCGCGGAAAUUGUGGACCUUUUGCCUUUUGAUGCUUCUCGCAAAUACAUGAUCACAGUUGUCAAACUAGCCAGCGGGUUAUAUCGAUUAUACGUGAAGGGUGCUCCUGAGAUUCUCCUUGGGAAAUGUGUGGCCACAAUUGCACAGCCGAUGCAAGGGCUUGGUACUACUUCAACCACGGAGGAUGGCAUUGAACAAAUACGCCACAAAAUUGCUCAGUACUCCUCGCAAUCCUUGCGCACAAUUGCAAUCUGUUUCCGUGAUGUGGAGGAUUUACCUUACAGGGACGAGGAUGGAACUGUCGACUUCGAGAAGCUGAUGAAAGAGCUUACAUUUCAAGGAAUUCUGGGUCUACAAGACCCUCUACGGGCCGAUGCUUGGGGUGCUGUAGAUACCAGCCAUAAAGCAGGUCUCACUGUGCGCAUGGUUACCGGUGACAACCUUCUAACGGCAAGAGCGAUCGCUGAAGAAUGUGGUAUCAUCAAUGGUCCAGAUGAUCUUGUGAUGGAAGGCGAUAAAUUUCGUGCGCUAAAUGAAUCACAGCAGAAGGAGAUAGUUCCGCACCUCAAGGUUCUUGCUCGAUCUCGGCCGGAUGAUAAGCGGGUUCUGGUCCAGCGUCUGAGGGAUCUUGGGAGAGUUGUUGCUGUUACUGGCGACGGUACCAACGAUGCCCCUGCCCUGGCAGCUGCUGAUAUUGGGUUCUCGAUGGGAAUAUCUGGGACCGAAAUUGCUCGUGAGGCUUCCUCUAUUGUCCUGAUGGACGAUACAUUUUCUUCUAUUGUCAAGGCUAUCAUGUGGGGAAGAGCAGUCAGCGAUGCUGUCAAGAAAUUCUUGCAGUUCCAAAUUACCAUCACCUUCACCUCUGUGGGCCUGGCAUUUGUCUCGGCGGUAGCCAACUCGUCGCAGGAGUCGGUUUUGACACCAGUGCAGCUCAUGUGGGUAAACCUCUUUCAAGACACUCUAGCAGCUCUGGCGCUAGCUACCGACCCCCCUCCUCGUCGGAUCCUUGACCGCAAGCCCGAACCAACAUCUACACCUCUGAUUACUCCGACCAUGUGGAAGAUGAUCAUUGGCCAAUCUGUGUAUCAGAUGGUAGUAACACUCGUUCUACUGCUAUUUUCAACACUUUAUGUCUGGAUGCAGAUAUUCAACAUGUACAACAAUCGACAAACUGAGCGAUCAUUUAACCUCAUCGAAGGGAUUCAUCAUAACUGGCUUUUCAUAGCAGUCACCUGCGUCAUGACGGGCGCUCAAAUUCUAAUUAUGUUCGUCGGUGGGCGGGCAUUCUCAAUCACGAAGUUGACUGGUGAUCAAUGGGCAUAUUCAGUCAUUCUCGGUGCAGUAUCUAUCCCCAUCGGGUUCCUUCUGCAAUCCAUUCCCACUGUCGUUGUCGAGAAACCAAUGGCAGGUCUGGGGAGGCUAUGGGACCGCUUGCGCCGUCGGUGA